AUGGAAUUUUGUGCAACAUGGAUCCUUUCUUUACUGUACUCGUUCCUCAUUAUUGCUUCUAUUCACCUUCUUCACAUUCUGAUAAUAUCCCAAAAACUCUCACUCAACGACCAAAAUGUCGGAGUCAAGAAACUGCCACCUCUCGCUCUGCCCUUCAACUCUGAUGGAACUUCCAAAAUCCUCCAGGUAGCUGACAUGCAUUUUGGGUAUCGCAUGGUGACUCGAUGCAGAGAUGUGUUGGAUGGUGAAUUCUAAGACUGUUCUGAUUUCAACACCACACGGUUUCUUGAAAAUAUGAUUGAGCUCGAGAACCCUGAUUUCGUUGCUUUUACUGGUAUUAUAUUUUAUAUAUAUAAUAGAACAUGUGAGAAGAGGUUAAAUGAUAGAUUGCAUGGAAAAUUGAGUAGUACUGUGUGUGAAACCUCCUUAUCAAGAGAAAGAAAUGUGCUCAGCAUGAAUCUAGGAGGCAGUGGGUGCCUCAAUUUAUUGUCCAAUAGAGUUUCUGUGCAUUUUAAUGCAUUGGGCAAUGAAUCAAUGAACCCAAUGCCACCUAGACCGAUCCCAAAGAAAGUCUUUAUUCACAAGAGCAAUGUGUUCCAUGUCGAAGAUAUUAGAGGAGAGCCUACCAAAAAUAAUACGCCUGAUUUUGUUGGAAAAGAACAAAAGCAGGAUAUCAAAAAAUCAGCCGAGACUUCUAAAUUUUUUACCGUCUCCCCUGCAUUGACAUUCUUUCACAUUCCCAUUACAGAAAUUAAACAAGGACCUCUUUUGGAUAUUAUUGGCACGUAUCAGGAAUACGUAGCAUGUUCAUUCGUAAACUCUGGAGUCCUGAAGACGCUUGUCUCCAUGGGAGACGUAAAGGCUGUGUUCAUAGGUCAUGAUCACCUAAAUGACUUCUGCAGAAAUCUAGAUGUCAUAUGGUUUUGUUAUGGCGGAGGGUUUGGAUAUCAUGGUUAUGGUGUUGCCGGAUGGCCAAGGAGGGCAAGAGUCAUUUUGGCAGAACUCGGGAAAGGGGUGAAUUCAUGGAAUGGAGUAGAGAAGAUCAAGACAUGGAAACGACUCGAUGACGGGAUGCUGAGCAAGAUUGAUGAGCAAAUCCUUUGGGAGAGACAAUAACAACAGUCACACGUGUCAUGUACUGAAAUUGUAACACUGCCGCUGAAUUGGGUUUAGUUCUUAUGUUAUAUUUCCGAGAAAAUGAUAUCUUAAGGUUAGCAAUUUUAUUGAAAGCUUGUGAGAAUCUAGUACCACUUGUUUGAUUAACUGGUAAAUUGAACUUGUUGAAUGUCUGGAGCAUCUUGUUGGAAAAGAAACAGAAUUUUGUAAUGUAAUUGAUUAUCAUUAAAAUGAGGUGAUAUAUACUGAAAUCGCUUAGGGGCUGUUCUCUUUGGCGUUUUCUGAUUGUUUUCUA